AUGACUGGAACAAGGACUUCAGACAAAAGGAGAAGCGCCGACAAGAUCAAGGUCGUGGAAAUGUCCCCUCCGACAGCCGUAAUCGGAGAAGGACUUGAAGUUCCAGACGAGGUCUUUAUUCACCUGAAAAAUGAUCUAGAUGAAGCUUUCGGAAGGAACCGAGAACUGCUGGACAAAAACAUCAAAUUGGUGGAGAUGGAAGGAGCUCUCAGGCGACGCGUUGAUGAACUACAGAAAUUGUUGAUUCAACAAGAAGUCGACCACCACCAUCAGCUCGCCGUCCUGAGAGAAGAGGCCAACGCCAAUGCCAGGGCUGUUGAAGACCAGGCGUCGAAAAUGGAAUAUUUGUGGAGGAAGAGUGAAAAUACUAAUAGAGCGUUGCGUUGGAAGGAGAUCGAAAUAAACCAUCUGAAACAAGAAAUCUCUCGGAAAACCGAGAAACUGGCCAGUGACGAGAAGCAAAUGUUAGCCAUGCAGGAAAAAGUGAGUGGCAUGGAAGAUGAAAACUCAAGGCUACAGUCUCAAAUAGAGACUUUGAAAUCCCGAGUUUCUGAACAAGAUGAAGCCAAUUCCAGGGUUGUUGAAGACCAGGCGUCGAAAAUCGAAGAUCUGAGGAGGAAGAACGAAAAUGCGAAUAGUGCGUUGCGUUGGAAGGAGAUUGAAAUAAACCAUCUGAAAAAUAGCAUCACUCAGAAAACCGCAAAACUGGCCAGCGGUGAGAAGGAAAUUUUAGCCAUGCAGGAAAAAGUGAGUGGCAUGGAAGAUGAAAACUCAAGGCUACAGUCUCAAAUAGAGACUUUGAAAUCCAGAGUUUCUGAACAAGAUGAAGCCAAUGCCAGGGUUGUUGAAGACCAGGCGUCGAAAAUUGAAGAUCUGAGGAGGAAGAACGAAAAUGCGAAUAGUGCGUUGCGUUGGAAGGAGAUUGAAAUAAACCAUCUGAAAAAUGGCAUCACUCAGAAAACCGCAAAACUGGCCAGCGAUGAGAAGGAAAUUUUAGCCAUGCAGGAAAAAGUGAGUGGCAUGGAAAAUGAAAACUCAAGGCUACAGUCUCAAAUAGAGACUUUGAAAUCCAGAGUUUCUGAACAAGAUGAAGCUAAUGCCAGGGCUGCUGAAGACCAGGCGUCGAAAAUUGAAGAUCUGAGGAGGAAGAAUGAAAAUGCGAAUAGUGCUUUGCGUUGGAAGGAGAUUGAAAUAAACCAUCUAAAAAAUGACAUCGCUCAGAAAACCGCAAAACUGGCCAGCGAUGAAAAGGAAAUAUUAGCCAUGCAGGAAAAAGUGAGUGGCGUGAAAGAUGAAAACUCAAGGCUACAGUCUCAAAUAGAGACUUUGAAAUCCCGCAUUUUUGAACAAGAAAAAGAUUGUAAUGAAAACGCUGAGACGAAGCAGGAAACGAAAGAAGGACUCAAAACAAGAGAAGAGAGAAGAAUACGAUGA